UGGUUUUGCUGGCCUGGUGCUUGGUUUAGGCUGACUCCCUGUGGAUUCAGGCUGUCAACCGGAGUCACAGCGAAGGAAAUCUCAAGGGGUCAGUGAGGACAGUGUCAUCAUGUCAUUGUGGAUCCAACGUGGGAGUUACAACCAUGAGUACCACCACAAACAGAGCAAAUAUGUGGUUAAAGAAUACAGCAGCUCACAGAUGGAGGAAAGAUAUGAGCAUAAAAAACAAGCUCGCAUCCAGGAAGUGGUAACCAAAAAGAUGUCGGAUAAAUAUGUGCGUGAGGAGCCCAUGAUCAGAGGACCAAGCUUCCUGGCCAGACUCAGAUCCCACACCGUGUUUGAAAACACUCCAAUCACACUAUUCUGCACCGUGGAGGGUUUCCCCCUGCCUUGUGUAAAAUGGUACAAAGAUGGUGUGAUCCUGAACAUGUCCUCUGGAAAUUACCUGGUUCAAUCUAAAGGUGGAACCCAUACUCUGGAGAUCCCCAGAUGCUCAACUGAUGAUACAGCCAUGUACACCGCAGUUGCUGGUAAUCUCCAUGGGCAGGCCUCCACUCAAGCCUCCGUCAUCGUCAAGAGGUUCAGGGAGGAAGAAGAGAGCUGCCUUUAUGCAUGGCUGCCUUUCACAGCUUCCCUGCUUCCCGAGGUCUACUACACUAAAAUCCACAUCACUUUUCUGGAGAAGUUUGGGCCAGUGUUUGCGUCUGAGGGCGAAUCUGCCACUCUCUCCGCCAUCAUGAACGUGGAGCCCAACCUGGCCAACCUGCAGCCCGAGGCCCAGUGGUAUCGAGAUGACGUUCGUCUGUUUGACUCUAAGUGGGUGAAGAUUGAAAGUGGCAGAGGAUUCACCACCUUGACUCUCCCCGACCUGUACAAAGAUGACGAAGGAGUCUACACACUACGCAUGGUGACUAAAGGAGGCACCGCACAACACAGCGCUUUUGUCUCUGUUGCAGAUGGUCCUCCCCCAGUCCCUCGUGCACCUGGUGCUCCUAUGGAUAUCACCAUCCACGAUGCCAAUAGAGACUAUGUCAUUGUGUCAUGGAAGCCACCCAAUACCACCACAGAGGGUCCAAUCCUCGGAUUCUUUGUGGACAGGUGUGAGGUUGGUACUAAUGACUGGACUCAGUGCAAUGAUCACCCCAUUAAGAUUUGUAAAUACCCAGUGUCUGGGCUCUUUGAAGGACACUCGUACCACUUGAGAGUCAGAGCUGUCAACUCGCAAGGAAUUAGUAAACCAUCCCGCAUGUCCGACCCGGUUGCUGCAGUGGAUCCCACUGAGUUUGAACGGCUCCACGCCAAAAAGCAUGGAGGAAAACUGGAUUUUGUGUCUUACCAAACUGAAGUUGAAGAUGAUGGAAAGCCUCCAGGUGCCCCAUCAGGAGUCCGUGCCUCAGAAGUAGACAGGACAUAUGUUGUUCUCAGCUGGAAAGCUCCCGCAUAUUCCAGCAAGGCUCCCAUGUGGUAUUACAUAGAAAAGUGUAUGGCCAACAGCGAUGCCUGGCAGCGCGUUAACACUCAGGUCCCAAUUCGUUCCCCACGCUACGCCGUCUUUGACCUGGCAGAGGGAUCACAGUACAAGUUCAGAAUUUUGUCGGCCAACAUCAAUGGACUCAGCGAGCCAUCAGAACCAACACGACCUAUCGAGACUCUGCAAAUCAAAGGUGUGCCAUCAGCUCCUGGGCAGGUGAUUGCUACAAGGGAAACAGACACCUCUGUUCUCAUCCAGUGGGCUGCUCCAAAGGAACCCAACAAUCUGAUCGGUUACUACAUUGAUCAGUGUGUCAUGGGGUCCAAAGACUGGGUCUCAGCCAAUCACAAACCUCACAAGAACACCAAGUUUGUUGUUAGUGGUCUGACUACAGGAGAAACGUAUAUGUUCCGUGUCCAGGCAAUCAACGAGCUUGGUCUCAGUGAUGAAUCCCAGGAAUCUGCUCCUCUGACUGUCAAGGCUGCCCUCACCACCCCCUCUGCUCCUUACAACAUUGCUUUGCUGAACUGCGAUGGCAAUUCAAUGAUUCUGACCUGGAGGAAGCCACUUCACUCUGGAGGAUCGAACGUCAAAGAGUAUUACGUGGACAAGAGACGCAGUGGCACACACGAGUGGAGGGAGAUCAACAUCCCGCCAAUCUCAGAAAGACUUUAUAAGGCAGCGCACCUGACAGCAGGAGCAGUCUAUCAGUUCCAGGUGAGUGGCGCCAACCUGGUUGGCCUCGGACCAGCGUCCAAACCUUCAGCUGACUUCUCCUGUGAGGCCUGGACUAUGCCUGAGCCCGGUCCAGCCUAUGACCUGUCUGUCUGUGAAGUGAGAGAUGAUUCUAUGGUGGUUCAAUGGGAAAAGCCGAUCUACACUGGCUCUGGACCAAUCACGGGCUAUCGCGUCGAGUACCUUAAGACGGGCACGUCUGAGUGGAUCACGGCCAACGAGUCAGCUGUCAGUCACCGCUUCCUCAAGGUGAAAGGCCUGGAGGUGGGCAGCAGCUAUGUGAUGAGGGUUCGUGCAGUCAAUGAUGCCGGCGUGGGUAUGGCUUCAAUGGCCUCUGACCUCGUGACUGCCAAGGCUGUGAAAGGCUCACAGGAUGUGUCCUGUAUGGUGGACGAGAAGUCAGGUGACAUUGUCCUGUCCUUUGCAUCAUGCCAACUGAACGAGGGCUCCAAGUUCAUCUGGAAAAAAGACUAUAAAGAAAUAACAGACUUCUCCAAAGGAGUGGAGAUUAAGACUGAAGGCAGCUUUUCUAAGCUGAUCUUUAAGCACGCAGACAAAGACGACUUUGGUACUUACUCUGUUUCUGUCACUAACACGGAGGGAGUUUCAUCCAGCUACACAAUCACUACUGAAGAGUUGGCAAAGAUGCUGGCCCUCAGCUAUGAAAUCAGACACCCGAUUAUCCCACUGAAGUCAGAGCUGGCCUACAAGAUCUUGGAAAGAGGCAGAAUGAGAUUCUGGCUGCAAGCGGAGGAGAUUUCUUCCAAUGUCACAUACAAAUUCUUUGCAAAUGACAAGGAGAUGUGUGGAGCUGAUCCAAACAAGAUGGGCCAUGACGUCUCCACAGGUAUUAUCGAGUUCAUCCUGGACCGUGUCACUGAGGAGAGUGAAGGCACAUACACCUGCCAGAUCACAGAUGGAGGAGGCAAAGCACAGAGCACCCUGGUUCUGAUUGGAGAUGGAUUCAAGGCAGCACUGGCCGAGGCUGAUUACCAGAGGAGGGAGUACAUCCGUGUCAAAGAGGGUCCCCACUUCAGCGAGUUCCUGUCACUUCAGAUUGGAGACGACUGCUCUGUCACUUUGGUCUGCAAGGUUGCUAAUUUGAAGAAGGAGUCAGAGUUCCACUGGUACAGAGAAGACACAGAGAUCAUCCCUGAUGUGAAGCCUGACCUUGGAUCAGGAGUCUGUAAACUGCCAAUUAAACUGUUUUCACGGAAGACGGCUGGAGUUUAUAAGGCCACCAUCAGUGACGACAGAGGAAAAGACAUGAGUCAAAUUGACAUCUCCGGAAAAGUUUUUGAAAAUGCCAUAAAUAAGAUCACCAAACUUGCCGGAGCCAGUGCAGCAGAGCUGGUGAUUAGCUGCACAGCAACGGGCAUUCAGCUACAGUGUCACAUGAAGUAUUACACCUCAGAGAUGAACGUCACUUGGCUUAAAGGUGAGACUAAACUCUCCCACAGUGACAAGCAUGUGAUUGGAGGAAACCCUGCUAUGGCAACGAUGGAGGUGAUCGAGCCAGAGGACAAGGACAAAGGGAUGUACUCCAUCGUGAUCACUGACCCUGAAAACUCACAUAAACGCACCCUGGACCUCAGUGGUGAUGUAUAUGACAAGGCCUUUGCUGAGUUCCAGAGACUCAAGGCUGAAGCUUACGCUGAGAAGAAUCGCGGUAAGGUUAUUGGAGGAUUGCCUGAUGUUGUCACCAUUAUGGAAAAGAAGACCCUGAGUUUAACUUGCACCGUGUGUGGGGACCCCAAGCCGCAGGUGUCAUGGCUGAAGGGCGGAGCAGAGGUUGAACCUGAUGAUAAGUACACGGUCUCCCUGGACCAGGGCAGGUUUGCCAGUCUGACGAUCAAAGGCGUAUCUAUGGAGGAUUCUGGCAGAUAUACCAUGAGUGUCCAGAAUAAAUUUGGUGGAGAGUCUGUGGAUAUAGUGGUGACCACAUACCGCCAUGGAGAGAAAAUCCCUGAGGCAAAACCAACUCUGACUCCGAAGACGAUCAUCCCUCCCAAGCUUCCCAUUGAAAUCCCUCAGACGAAGUCUCAGCCUGCUGCUGCUAGCCCCGCCCCCGCCGCUCCUAGCCCUGCCCCUCCCAAGGUUGCACCAGGAAGGGGGAUGAAGAGCCCCACUCCCACGAGGAGGAAGUAGAAACCAUGACAGUGAUACGUGAAAGAAGAAGAAACAUAUUUCACACCCGGAGCACAUGCAGACCACACGGAGUUUUGAGGCUUUUACUGGUGCUUAUCCAUUUGGAUAAUUGUUAAAAAGAAUUAAGUUAAAUUGAGCUAGCCCACUGUGGAACGAAUGAGGAAAAAGGUAAAACUGCAUCACUGUGCAAAUGAGAAGAGAGUUUAUUUUAAUUGAAAUGAAGUGAAAAGAAACUUGAAUAAAGCAAAAUUUCCACACACGG